CAUAAUAAUUUUUUUAAGAAUCUGGGUGUAGAUUUAGAACUGUCAACUGUCGCAAUGACUUAUGUUUAUUUUGAGAAAUUAGUCUUAAAGAACUUUGUUAAUAAACCAAACCGAAGGCUGGUGGCUGGCAUUUGCCUGUUUCUCGCAAGUAAGACAAAUGAACCACGAGGAAUGACAUUUGGACCACUAUUACAGUCGAUUGAUAAAUAUUUCGAUGUCGAUGAAAAAGAAAUAAAAGAGCAUGAAUUUUCAGUGUUUGUUGCUCUGGGUUUUCAACUAUAUCUACCAAAAGAAGAGUUCAUGCCACAUUUUGAUCGAAUAUUUCAGUCGUUAGGCAAGUAG